AUGACGGGCCACGACACCUACUCGCUCUGGAUCGGCGGCCGCGAGACGCCGGGCAACGGUGAAGUCAUUUCCGUUCAAGACCCAGCAACCGGCCGUGUCUUCGCCGAGUGUCAUUCUGCUUCCCCGUCCGAUGUCGAGGCCGCCGUCCAGUUCGCACACGAGGCCUUCCGGUCCGGAGCCUGGUCCAAGGCACCUCGCCACUUCCGCGCCGACGUCUUGGACAAGGCAGCCGAGCUCUUGUCGCUCGAGCUGCCGCAGCUCAUUGAGCUCGAGGUCCGCCAGACGGGCAGGGCGAUCCGAGAGAUGAAGGCUCAGGUUCCUUCUCUGCUCCGCUGGUUCCGAUACUACGCCGCCCUUCUUCGCACCGAGCAAAGGCCCGUCCUGCCCACUGCGGGGAAGCUUCACAACUGGCUUGAGCGCGUGCCUCUCGGCGUCGUCGUCCAGAUCACGCCCUUCAACCACCCGCUCCUCAUCGCCGUCAAGAAGCUGGCCCCUGCCCUGGCAGCCGGCAACAGCAUCUUGCUGAAGCCGAGCGAGCUUACCCCCAUCACCAGCCUGCUGCUGGGCCCGCUGCUCAAGAGCGCCGGCCUGCCGGACGGCGUCUUCAGCGUGCUUCCCGGCCUCGGCUCCGUCACCGGUACGGCCCUCGUCAGUCAUCCCCUUGUGCGCAAAGUCGACGUGACGGGAGGGACGGCUGCGGGACGGGCCAUCGGAUGCAUCGUUGGAGGAAACCUGGCCCGCUACACGGCUGAGUUGGGUGGCAAGGCGCCCUUGGUGGUGUUUGACAAGGCGUGCAUCGAUGCAGCCGUCAACGGCAUCGCGUUUGGCUCCUUUGUCGCGUCAGGUCAGACCUGCGUGGCUGCAACGCGAAUCAUUGUGCACAGCGCCGUGCUUCCUGAGCUCGAGGAGAAGCUGAGGGCCAAGAGCGAAUCUAUUGCUCGACGCAUUGGCUCGCCUUCACAUCCAGAGUCGUCCAUGGGGCCCCUGAUAUCGUCCCGGCAGCUUCAGAACGUCGAGACGCUGGUGGGCGAGACCCUCUCCGGCGGCGCGGGCUACUUUUACCCGCCGACCGUGAUAGCAUCGGCCUCCGGGCGCAGCAUCACCGCCACCAGACUCUGGCGAGAAGAGGCAUUCGGCCCUGUCAUUGUCCUGGUAGGUUUCGACUCCGACGCCGAGGCAGUAGAGCUGGCCAACAACAGCGACUUUGGCCUCGGCGCCGCAAUUUGGACCCAGGACCUCAGCCAGGCAUUUAGGGUGUCGGAGCAGAUUGACACCGGCAUUGUCUGGGUCAACACGCACCACCGCAACGAUCCAAGCAGCCCGUGGGGCGGUGCGACGAGCGCCAGCGGCGUCGGCAGCGAGAACGGGCUGGAUGCCUAUCACGCUUACACGACGACCAAGAGCAUCAUCAUCAACUACGCGUCGACGGAGGAGUCGCUGGUCGCGGAUGACUGGUUCAAGGAGGGCGCUGCCGGUGUUCGUUAUGGCUGA